AUGGUCAACGUCGCCCAGUUCAUCCUUUCCUUCCUCCCGCUGGCCCUGUGGAAUGAGCCGCAUAUUCCCGCGCACGAACAUCCGGAGCACACGCCUGCCAAGUCUAUCGCCAUAGUUGGUGCAGGUAGUGGUGGCCUUGCCGCUCUCAGGACUAUCCUCAAUCUUCCUGAGGAUACUCGUGCAGGCUGGGAGAUUGUGCUCUACGAACAACAUAGGAAUGUUGGUGGUCUCUGGCUCCCAGACCCUCCAGGUUACGAUGCGCGUCCGCCAGAGCUGCCCGAGAGUCCGGUGUACCCACUGCUGCAUACCAACACGCCUCAUCCGACCAUGACCUAUCCGAACUUCACGUUUCGGCCCCUGACCCCAUUAUUUCCGUCCUGGGACUAUGUCGAGCAGUACCAUGUCGACUUUGCAGAGCAUUUCAAUCUGACCCCCUACAUCAAGCUCAACCACACAGUGGCAGAUGUGCAAUGGCGCGGAAACGCGAUCAAGGGCAAGUGGGACAUCGAGGUGCAUACGCGUGGUGAAGCUGGUGAACUGGACGUGGUGAAGAGGAAGUUCGACCAUCUCAUCGUUGCCAACGGACACAACCACUACCCGUAUAUACCCACCUGGAAUGGAACAGAGGGAUGGUUGGCGAACACACCGCCUGGGACGCCCAAGCGAGAGAUAUUACACUCCAUUUAUUACCGUGACCCCGAAAAAUACACUAAUCGCAGCGUCAUCAUUGUCGGUGCUGGGGCCAGUGCUCGAGAUGCAGCCCAGCAAGUUAGCCCACUCGCUCGUGAGGCAUACCAGUCGAUAAGCCCCAGCAGUGUUCCCGCCCCAGGCGCGUCUGUCGUUGUCAAGCCACGCAUCUUACAUUUCACGGACGACUCUAUCGUCUUCGUCGACGGUACGGUGUUGACUAGUGUCGACUCGCUCAUCCUUGGCACAGGCUAUGAGUUCCUCGUACCAUUCCUCAGCGCGUCACCGUCAUCCCCACUCAACGUCGACCCGCAGACGGCUGUGAAUUCAACGACCGCCCACAAACUCACGACCAACCUGCGCUACAUCUUCCCGCUGCACCGGCACAUCUUCAGCCUCUCGUCGAGCUACCCAUCCACGGCGCUCGCGUUCGUGGGGCUGCCGGUCCUCAUCGCGAAUUGCCCUUCCGAUAUCGCUCAGAGCCUCCUCAUCGCGCAUGCCCUAGCCAACUCGUCGUUACUGCCGACCCGUGAGGCGAUGCUCGACGAGCUGGUCCAGCACGAGGACAGCCUCCGUGUGCGCGGUCUCGACCCAUACUACGUCGGGCACCGUCUCGUCGGUGGAGACACGGAGGCGCAGGACUAUCAGGACAACUUGAUCGAGUACUUGAAGAAGGUCGGCGUGCUCCCAGAUGAUGGGAAGAAGUACGUCGAGCCGUGGAGGCGCUUGGGAAGGACGGAGUCGGAUCUGAUUAGACGCGGUUGGCAGAGGGUCCAGGAGCUGGGGGAGGACGCCAAAUGGCUGGACGGUGCGUUGACCGAGGAAGACUGGGCGGGUGUGCUGGUAAGGUUGGUGGAAUGGCAGCGAGAGUGGGAAAAUGAACAUGGCAUUAUUUGGAUGUAG